CUGUGAGGCAGAUCUCCCCCUUUCAUUUUAUAAGGGCUGUGUGUGCAUCAUCCAAUCAACUCUCUCUCUCUCCUCCUCCUCUUAGCUAGCUUGUUCAUCUUGUUCUUCCAAGUCUUCCUUCUAGGUCUUAGUUUCUUCUUGAUAUGAGUGGGAGCAACUUUGGAGAAAGCAUGGAGUGGGGCAGAUCGUCCGGCGGCUCAAGGAGGGGUAAGAGAGGCGGCGGCAGCAGCAGCGGGAGUGGCGCCGCUGACAAGCCGAAGCAGCCGCAGCGGGGGCUGGGUGUGGCGCAGCUGGAGAAGAUUAGGUUGCAAAGCGAAAUGGCCGAGUAUUUCCACCCUCUUGGAAGCCAGCCACCCAGCUUGAUCCACAGAACGGCCAGCCUCAACUUGGAGGAUACACGGGCAUCGACGUCCUCGCUGUCAUCGUCCCCAUCGUCUCCCUUCCAUGCUACCCCCGUUUCGUCGCCGUUCCCGGUCCAUCCGAAUUUUGGGGUCGCAUAUGGAGAGAGAGUAGAUGCACGAUACGGUGAAUUCCAGACUCCAAUCGUCAGAUCACCAAGCAGCAGUACUAUCUACGGCCCCCCGCAUUACGGGCAUCCUGGAGUCACAUUGCCUCUCUUUGCACCAGAGGAAUCCACCAGUCUGAGAGGACACCAUGACCGAAGCCGGUCGGCCGAUUCGACAAGUAUGCACUCCGACGAUCCACAGGACGUGGACCUCGAGCUCAAGCUAUGAUCCUAGAGUGUUCUUCUCCUCCCCCUUCCCACGUCCCCUCUCUCCUUUGAUCUGAUGCGACGGUUUUCUUUCUUUAACCUUGAUGGUUUUUUUUCCUUGUGGUGCAAUAAGUUUCUGAAUUGGUGCCACUAGCUAGAACCAAAUUAAGGAUUUGACAUGUUGUGUAAGGCGCAAAAGGAAAAGAGAGAGGAAUAGCAAUUCAUAUUUUUUUAAACAUGAAUUGGGACAUGUUGUAUGGGUAUGGGCCGGAGUACUCUCUGCAGUUGAUAAAUCUCUUGCAGUUGUUUUGA